GUUUCAGAAAGUCAAUAACUAGAGAGUAUAAAUUUUUUUAGCCACCACCGGUCAAGAAGAUGAAAGUGACUCAGUCUGGAUUAUGCUCGCUGCCAGAUGACGUGGCAGUUACUUGCCUGGCUCAGAUCUCGAGAUUUGACCUAGCGGCCUUAGCUAUAGCCUCAAAGAGCCACCGCGCUCUCGUAACUUCCCCUGAGCUCUUGAAACUGAGACGGCGGAUGGGUUGCACCGAGCCGUGUCUCUACGUAUGCAUGCGCAUCUCUUGUAACCCACCAAGUUGGUUCGUCCUCAACCCUCAACACCGCCGCCUGAACCCUAUCCCUUCGAACCCUAACCAGGCUCCGCUGUUAUCCUCCUUCGUUGCGGUGGACGGAGGUAUCUAUGUCUUGGGCGGACUCAUAAACUGCCGUCUCACUAGUGAUGUCUGGUUCCUCGACUGUUUCUCUCACACGUGGAACCGUGUCCCGUCGAUGAAGAGGCCUCGCGCUUCCGCAUCGGCGAACCUCCUCGACGGGAAGAUAUACGUUUGUGGUGGGUGUAGAGAGGAAGCUGAUUCCACAAACUGGGCAGAGGUUUUCGAUCUACAGACUCAAACUUGGGGUACCUGGCUUCUCCCCAAGAUGAGAAGCAGUAUCUCCCAUAGUGUGGCGAUCGAGGAGGAGAAGAAGGUUUACGUGGUUAACACGGUUGGUGAAAGCUUCUACUUGUUGCCAAGUAAGUGUGUGUUUCAGAGAAUGGACUGGGAGGUAGACUUUUUUCCAGGAAAGAGAGACGAUUGGUGUGCUGUAGGGAAGCUUUUAUUCUGUCGUGAUCCUUUAGGGAGGAUACUGUGGUGUGAUCCUAAUGAGUUGCGUUGGAAACAAGUCAAGGGUUUGGAAGAGCAUUAUGAUGAUAUUGAUAUAUGCAGACUCUGCAGCAACUCUGCUGGUAACAUUGUCAUCUUCUGGAAGUUGGACUCCCAUCUUGGGCAGAGCGUGCUUUGGUCUGCCGAGAUUUCCUUGCUGAGGAAACAAGGAGAGAUUUGGGGUAAGGUCGAAUGGUUCGAUGCUGUCUUCGAACUUGAACACUCAUCAUCUCGUUUAAAUGUCUUAUACUCUGCUUCUGUUCUUGUCUCUCCUAAAUGAAUCGUUAUUUUUGUGCACUGUGAUGAUCUUUGAACUCAGUUAUAUUGGCUUUAAUUGAUAUUUUUUUUCCCUUAAUGCUGGUUUGUACUAUUAAAAGACCACUGGGGUCGAGUUUGAGACAGAACAAUAUAGGACUUGAGCAAAUACACAAAGCCCAAAGAAAAACAAAAGAGAGCUGGUAUAUCAUAGAAGACCUGUGUCUUCAACGUGAGGUGAAACUAGAACUUGUCUUUACCAGUGUGUCUCUGUUGCCGUAGCUUCCAUUCCAAUACGAGUAUUGAGUGUAUAGUUUGAUCUUUUCUAGAAGAUGACCGUUGGUUAAAGAGGAAGACUUGAGUUCUUUUACAAAAUAAUGGAACGGCAAAGGACAAGAAGCUAAUAAAUUAAACAACGAAUAUGGUAUCCCAUCAUAGACAGAGAGGGGGUUGUGUGGAGAUGAACAACAAUGGGCUUCUCAUCAUAGAAUCUAACAUAGUCUGAUACAUAUAAUUCUAUAUAGUGCGUAUAUUAAUAAGAAAUAGUUACAAAAAAAAAUUCACUAAUUAAUGAGUCUUGAUAAAAAAAAAAA